AUGGAAACAGUGGGUAACAUACUAAUACCCCAGGGUAGUACCGGCAAUGCCGGAGAAUCCACCCCUAGGCCUAGCCUAGGCAGCCCCAUCGUAUCUGGGGGAGGCAACACACUGUUUUGCGGCGAUACAUCUACAUCGUCCGCGGGUCGCCUAACAUCCAGGGACCAACUUAGUAAGGAGGAAGCCGUGCUGGGAGAUCCCAUUAACUCGGCACGAUACUCAAGGGGAAGACGUGGAAGACGGGGGCGAUUAGCUCAAUCUGGAGAAUUAAAAGAAGCUGAGUCUGAUGGUUCACAGCUGUCACUCGCAUCGGUUGCUUCGGAGGAUACGCGAAAAAGAAAGGCAAAGGCUCCGAGUAUUAAAUCGGUGGCCGCUAAAUACAAGGCAGUAGCAGCCUCUGCCUCGGCAACUCCUACUGAAGUGGAGGAUAUGGCCACUGAGAUUGAUACGGAAGAGGACUUUGCCGACCUCUCAGUGGUAUCAUCCAAGUCCAGGGCCAAAUCAACUUUGCCUAGUACAGAGGAGUUUGCGUUAGAACUGCGAUCUCAGGCAGGCAGAAAAGUUGAAGAACACAUAGACCGUCAACUUCAAGCCAUUGAGGAGAUAGCAAACCGAUCCCGCAAUUUAAAGGGAAGCUACGUUCAGAGCCUAAGGUUAGCCGUGUGGAAUGUAAAAGCCGCGGCUAAUGAGCUGGCCCGGAGGUCCGCCGCUGACGAAAGUAUCGCAAGACUAGAGAGAGAAAAUGCUGAACUUCGUUCAGCGCUUUCUAGCCUUAGCAAAAGGGCGGAUAAAAUGACGGAGGAAAUUAAUUACCUUCGUAAACAAACACAUGAAAGAGUCAGUGUCUCUAAGUCAUCUGCUCAAUCAACCGCAGAUGCUCCAAUGCCCAGUAGCGGAGAGGAGGCUCUAAUGGAACGCAUUGGAGCGUUUAUUGAGAGUAAAUUGGCGGCUCUCGAAUCUCGGUUGUUAUCGAAUAAGGCGCUACGCCCACCACUGGGAGUGAAGUCCAUGACGGUUGUCACUGAGCAAUUAACAACGCCGAUGCAGUCGCUUUUUAGCCGAUGCACGAUCGCAAAAGAAGAAAAA